AUGACUACAUCCUGGGCUAUAGGUGGUGAUGUCACUGCGCGCCCCGCGACGCCGCAUUUCGCCCCGCACCAAGCGCCGGUAUCGGGCCAUCAGGAACUUCCUAAGGCGGGCACUAGGGGUCCAGAACCAGAACCCGCACCAAAUAAAGAGCUCACAUCGAGGAGUGCCGGUGCUAGUUCGAAUCCGUCUCUGCAUGACGUCAUAAUUGGCACGUCACAAAUGAAAUGCUACUCCAAAAGUUGCGAAGCUCUUGAACCGAAUAAAGAGGACGACAUUAUGUACAGUAAUGAAAGUUAUUCGGACACCGUUAUGGAAAAGCUCAGUCUGGAAGCAGCCGCAGCAAAGACAUCGGACUUCGACUUUAGCAGCAUUCUCGAUCCAACAAAAAAGACCAAAUUCUCCAAGGUAUUAAAAACUUUCGGGAGCCUGCUUAAAAAAAGAAAGAAGGACAUGAUUGAAGAGUUAAGUGAGAGUUAUACCCGAAGCACGGAAGAAGAGGAUGUGAAGCCGCCAUCGCCGUACCGUCAGCAGGUUACAAAUUACAUGAUGCAUGGAGAGGAAUACUAUCACCAACCACCGCUGUUCCCAAGGCGUGCAUAUCCGCCAAGGUCACCGGAGGAAAUCAGGAAAGAGCACCGCCGGCAGCCAUCUGGAAUCGAUUCACGUAAUGUUUACCCCCACUUACCUUUUAAACACGCGUACGACCCAUACCCGUCUAUGAUGUAUGACCCAGGUCUACAUUACGGUGCGCAAUAUCCAGGCACCUCGCCUUCAUAUUCGACUACUUUCAAUCCCCGCUACAGCCCGACACAGCCCCAAGUGCCGCUCUGCCUUAAGGAGAUCGAAGUCAAAAGCAUGGGUACUCAGAGCGAGAAGAAGAAAUCGUUUUUGGAAGUCCUAAAAGAGAAAAUGGCUGGACCAAAGCCACAGAUCGAUCCAAUCGAGGAAGCCAAGGGCCACGUGGCACGAAUGACGAAAAGGACAGGCCUGUUGAAUUGGAAGAACCCGGAGAAAGAGUUGCAAAUGAAUGCGGCGAAUUUAAAUCUCACCUACAAAUUAACACAGCAGCAAUUGGCCGAAACCGACAUGACUAUUAGGAAUGCAAUGAUGAAAAGGUUCUUUAAGAAGAGAAAUCCAUUUUCCGCGCGUAAUCCGGUUUUGCAGACUUUAUUGGGUAAAGACAAACCGAUGGCAGAGCCAGCGAACCUCUGCGACCAAGAA